AUGACCUCAGAACCGGCCUCGACAAACGACGACCAGAGAAUUGGCGCUGAACAACGGCAUGAAGGGUCGGCUGGAGAAGUGAAUGGGGCAGAGGUGGAAAGGCUUCAUCAUGAGCAACAGGCGGAGCCAGAAGGUGUCUCCGUGGCGAAGGACGCGGCAGAAAUGGGGAAAGGGGAGGAGAAGAGGGUAUCAACAACCUGGCCUGGUGGACUUCCGCCUAGCCCGCCAUUAACAAGGUCUAGUCUGGAAGUGGAUAGUCGAAUGGACGCAGACGACUUCUCACCUACCGUCGAAGGCCACCAGUCACAUGCUAAAGUCAAGCUAGACAGCGACGACGACAAUUCGGAGGAUGACGACGAGCCAAAGCCAUCAUCGACUGCAGUUCCUCGCAAACCCUCACGUAUAGAUUUGGACGCGAAGCUGGAGCCGCAACCUUGGGACCUUGUCGAGCCGCCUCCUAAUAAUAAUGCUGGACCCGCAACUAAUGGAGAGUACUACGCUUCACUCAGUGGAAGGAAGUACAAUACCCUGUCUUCUGCGCGAGCAAAAGCGCUGAUACCCAAGUCUUCUUACUAUUUUGGGCCACCCCCUUCAGACUCGGCUUAUGGAACACGACCUGUGGGGCAGAUCGGCCUCCAUCAUCCACGAGAAAUACUUCGUGUCGAGCGAGACUAUACCGGUGGAGAGUUGAUUCAAUUCGCUCCCAUUUACCCUCUCGAACUUGAAGGACGGAUUACUCCAACGCAGUUCCUCGAGUCGAUUAACGAGAUAAACGAAGUACUCAUCUCGGCACAUAGUCUUCGACACUCGUUUCUCGACAACAUGCUUGCUGUAUUCACGUUGCAGCUCUCCCGAGCGGUUCUCGCCUCACAUUAUGACAAGGAGAUGCGUCGCCUAGAAACACUCAUACGCGACCUCAAUGUGGAGGUAUAUAAUCCUGUGGGCCUCAAUAUUCUGUGGCCACGACGGGUGGCUUUCCUCUUUUGUGUGUCUCGUUUAUUCUCCCGAUACUUUCGUUGA